UUACAGAAGGUGAAUGAACUGACUAGUGGAAAAUCACUGGACUCCAACAUCGCUCUGAUCCAGAACAAUGCCAGGGUGGGCAGCCGCAUAGCUGUGGCCCUGAGCAAGAUCCAAACUGCCACGGGGAAGGGCAGCCUACCUCAGCAUGAGAAAGUAACUGCACGAAGGCCUGUGGUGAUUGGCGGCAUCAACGUGGACUUCAUAGCCAAGGCGAGGAAUGCCACCAUACUGGCUGGCGGACAGAUGAACGUCGGGAAAGUGAGCCGAUCUUUCGGAGGUGUGGGGAGAAACCUGGCAGAUUGUUUAAGCCGUCUUGGGAAGACACCUCUCUUUCUCUCAGUGAUGGGGACGGAUGAACAUUCAGAAUCCAUCUCGCGUUACUGCCGCCACAUGGACAUGACAGGAGUCCGUCAGCUUGCAGGGCACAGCACAGCCACCUACUGUGCAGUGAUCACAGGCAGCGGGGAGCUCAGCCUUGACUUGGGAGACAUGGACAUCCACCAGCAGAUAACAGAGCAACACGUGUCCAAGUUCAAGGAGAGUCUCUGCUCAGCCCCACUGGUAUGUGUUGAUGGGAAUGUGCCCACUGCCACCAUUCAGUACGUCUGUCAAAUUGCUAAAGAGCACCAGAUAGCAGUGUGCUAUGAGCCAACAGAUGAGAACAAAGCUUCUAAGCCAUUCCUUUCGGACAGCUGGAGAGCACUCACAUACAUCUCCCCCAAUCUGCGAGAACUAAGGGCAAUAAAUCGGAGCCUGGGGUGCCCUGUGCCAGCAGAGCUGCCAGCCAGGCUGGAGGACAUUGUCAGGACUGCCAUGACCCUGACCCGCCCCUUGCUGACACAACUGCGCUGUGUGGUGGUGACACUUGGCGCGCACGGAGUCCUCUUGUGCAGCAGGAGAACAGAAGGGAGCAUCUCAGUGGGCCCUGCAACUCACCAACAGAUUGCUGCAGGUGAGCUGUGUGCCACCCACUACCCUGCAAUCCCCAUCUCCAGGGAAGAGAUAGUGAAUGUCUCAGGAGCAGGUGACAGUUUAAUGGCAGGAAUAAUUGCUGGGCUGCUUGCUGGGCACGACACAGAUAUCUGCGUCCGGAUGGGUUUGCUCUCUGCCUACCUCUCCCUCCGGUCACACGAGCCCAUCUCCCAGGAGAUUAGUACUGCCAGCGUGAACCUGGAACAGGUCAAGGCUAGGAGCUGGCCAGAAGUGAAGAUGUGGAAGAUGAUUUAGAGCUUGUGCUCCAGCGGAUGAUCUCUCCCCUUUCCCACCACGCCUGAAGCUCGGUACUUCUCUCUUGCUCUGGCAUGUGCCAGUCUUAGAUCUCAGCGAUGGUUUGGGAUGGACUUGGGAGUAUGUCAAUUACAACGGGUUGUGAGUGGGAGGAUGGGCGCGACAUGACUUCAGCUGUCCACCCCUCACUGUCAGUCCCUCCGAAGCCACACAGCCAGUAUCUGUACUACACCUCCUAGAAGGCAGACAAAAGUCAGAGUGCCAAAUCAGCUUGGAUUACACCUUCCUGAAAAGCUUGUAUUUCUUCCUCCUACCUUAACAGAGGCCAGUCUGCUGUUCCUUCAGCCCAGAGGAUUGAAUCAAGUUCCUUUCCAUCAGCUCAACAACAGAUAGCUAAGACAGUACGCUUCAUAAUUAUGGGAUGGCCGAACAGCAGCCCACUGGCCAAACAUGGCAUACAGUGCUACAGCAUGGCCUAGUAAUCGAAAGAGAGCAUUGCAUGCUGGGACCUAAAUACUUGUUUAGUCUCUCUGCAAUGUCCAAGUGCUUCUGAAACACAAAUGGAUGUAACCUCACAACAUCCCACUGAGGUAAGAGAGCCCUGUUCUUGUAUCACAAAUGGGGAAGCAAGGCACAGAGAUUAAGUGAUAUUCCAAAGGUUACAGUGAGGCUGUAGCACAGUUGGGAACUGAACCACAAUUGCCCAGCUUCUAGCCCAGUCCUUAACCACAAGACCAUCCUUCUGCCAGUGGCUUUUCUCACAUCCAUCUCUUUAUUACUGAUAGCUGUAACAAUCUGAUCUAUUAAUACAACACAUCCUGCCUGGUGAUGCAGAGUUUCGGUACUCAGAGACUACAUUUCUCCCUGGCCACCUAAUGUAAUAAUCCUAUGACCACUGAGCAAGCAAACCUAUGAGAAGUAGGUUUGUUCCAUCUGGCACUGGGGAGCUGUGGGGGUCAUACCUCUCCCUUCACAAUGCCAGAGGAGGGUUAGCCACUGGCUGACCAAGAGGCAGCAGGUCCAACCCCCUUUCCUGAUGGGGCAUCUGCCAUCAUAUUUUCAGUUCCCUUCGUAUAGAAAAAAAAAGUUUUUUCUCCUUUGUUCAGUCUCCAAGACAUAAUGCCAGAGAGUAUCCAUAGCUUCAUCUCCCAUGUUUUCACAAACAUUUCACAGUGACAUUAGUAGAUUUCAAAUGACAUAUGGCAUGUUGCCUUUUAUAUAAAUACUAGCCAAUUAGCCCAUCCUAAAACGGGAUUUUCAGGUCUCUCCUCCACGUCCUAUUCCCUUUCUAUCUUGGUCUUCUCUCCUGAGCCU